CAAUAUUGAAUUAUUAUUGCCUUUAUUAGUCUCUCUAUCUAUCUCUAUCUCAAUCUCGCUUUUCGAUCCAACAAUCUUGCGUUCUUUUCUUUUUCUGAAACCUUGAAUCACAGCUACAGGCAAGCGAUGAGUAAUAUAUAAGUGGGUGGAUGUUUUUGUGCUUUUAAGUGAAGAGAAUUGUGUAAAGCAGCAACAAGAAAAUAAUGGCUUUUGAGCCAUUGGUUUGGUUCUGUAGACCAGUGGCUGAUGGGGUAUGGAAAAGGGCUGUGUCUAAUGCCUUUGGUGCAUACACACCCUGUGCCACUGAUUCUCUGGUUAUCACCAUAUCUCAUCUGGUGUUAUUGGGUCUUUGUGUUUAUCGAGUAUGGCUCAUCAGGAGAGAUCUCAAAGCUCAGCGCUUCUGUCUGAGGUCCAAAUAUUAUAACUAUAUGCUCGGUCUUCUGGCUCUUUAUGCUACUGCUGAGCCUCUGUUCAGGUUGAUCAUGGGGAUUUCAGUUCUAAAUUUGGAUGGACAGCCUGGUCUUGCUCCAUUUGAGAUUGCUUCUUUGAUCGUGGAAGCUCUCACAUGGUGUUCUAUUUUUGUCAUGAUUGUUGUGGAAACUAAAGUCUAUAUUUGUGAAUUUCGAUGGUUUGUCAGAUUUGGCGUCAUUUAUACUUUGAUAGGGGAUGCGGUGACGCUCAAUCUCAUUCUUUCUGUAAGGGAGUUUUACAACAGCUCCAUCCUGUAUCUAUACUCAAGUGAGGUCCUAUCUCAGGUUUUGUUUGGGAUACUGUUGCUGGUGUAUAUUCCUGAUUUGGAUCCAUACCCUGGUUAUACCCCAAUGCGGACCGAACUUGUGGAUGAUGAUGGAUAUGAAGAACUUCCCGGAGGAGAGGAAAUAUGUCCUGAGAGGCAUGUUAAUAUAUUUUCCAAAAUAUUUUUUUCAUGGAUGAGUCCCCUAAUGGAGCAAGGCUAUAAAAGGCCUAUCACAGAGAAGGAUGUCUGGAAGUUAGAUACUUGGGAUCGGACUGAAACGCUUAACAACAAGUUUCAGAAAUGUUGGGCUGAGGAAUCACGAAGGCCCAAACCAUGGCUCUUAAGAGCAUUGAAUAGCAGUCUUGGAGGAAGGUUUUGGUGGGGAGGCUUCUGGAAGAUUUUUAACGAUCUUUCACAAUUUGUUGGGCCGCUCAUAUUGAACCGCCUGUUAGAGUCCAUGCAACAAGGUGAUCCAGCUUGGAUCGGCUACAUCUAUGCUUUCUCAAUUUUUGUUGGAGUGGCCCUUGGGGUGUUAUGUGAAGCUCAAUAUUUUCAGAAUGUCAUGCGUGUUGGAUUUCGGCUGAGAUCUACUUUGAUUGCUGCCGUGUUCCGUAAAUCUCUUAGGCUUACUCAUGAGGGGCGUAAGAAGUUUGCUUCUGGGAAAAUAACCAACUUGAUGACAACAGAUGCUGAAGCACUUCAGCAAAUAUGUCAAUCACUCCACACUUUGUGGUCAGCUCCAUUUCGUAUUAUUUUUGCAAUGGUCCUUCUUUAUCAGCAGUUAGGUGUUGCUUCACUGCUUGGAGCAUUAAUGCUAGUCCUUCUGUUUCCCGUGCAAACAGUAGUUAUAAGCAGAAUGCAAAAGUUGUCAAAGGAAGGUUUGCAACGUACAGAUAAGAGAAUAGGCCUCAUGAAUGAAAUAUUGGCUGCAAUGGACACUGUAAAAUGUUAUGCUUGGGAGAACAGUUUCCAGUCUAAAGUCCAAAGUGUCCGGGAUGAUGAGUUGUCAUGGUUCCGCAAAGCAUCCCUGCUUGGAGCGCUUAAUGGCUUUAUACUGAAUAGUAUUCCAGUUGUGGUGACUGUGAUUUCAUUUGGCAUGUUUACUUUGCUUGGAGGCGACUUGACACCUGCUAGGGCAUUUACAUCUCUCUCUCUCUUUUCUGUGCUUCGAUUCCCCUUAUUCAUGCUUCCCAACAUAAUUACUCAGGUAGUAAAUGCAAAUGUAUCACUAAAACGUCUAGAGGAGCUGUUCAUGACUGAAGAGAGGGUUCUUUUGCCAAAUCCUCCUCUUGAUCCUGAACUACCAGCAAUCCAAAUAAAAGACGGAUAUUUUUCAUGGAAUUCAAAGGCAGAGAGGCCCACAUUGUCUAAUAUUAAUUUAGAUAUCCCAGUUGGUAGCCUGGUUGCAGUAGUUGGUAGUACUGGUGAAGGAAAGACUUCGGUUGUAUCUGCAAUGCUGGGGGAGCUUCCUCCAAUGUCUGAUGCCGGUGUUGUUGUCAGAGGAACAGUCGCUUAUGUUCCUCAAGUUUCAUGGAUUUUCAAUGCAACUGUACGUGAUAACAUAUUGUUUGGAUCUUCUUUUGAUUCGGCAAGAUAUGAGAAGGCAAUAGAUGUUACUUCAUUGCAGCAUGACCUUGAGUUACUGCCUGGUGGUGAUCUAACCGAGAUUGGUGAAAGAGGUGUUAAUAUUAGUGGUGGGCAAAAGCAAAGGGUUUCCAUGGCUAGGGCUGUAUAUUCCAAUUCCGAUGUGUACAUUUUUGAUGACCCUUUGAGUGCUCUGGAUGCACACGUGGCUCGGCAGGUUUUUGAUAAAUGCGUAAAGGGAGAAUUGAGAGGCAAAACAAGAGUUCUUGUCACGAACCAGCUUCACUUCCUUUCACAGGUUGAUAGAAUUAUUCUGGUUCAUGAAGGAAUGGUGAAAGAGGAAGGAACUUUUGAGGACCUCAGUAAUAAUGGUUUGCUGUUCCAAAAGCUAAUGGAGAAUGCAGGAAAAAUGGAAGAGUAUGCAGAGGAAAAUGAGAACAGUGAUGUAGUUGACCUGAAGGACUCUAAACCUGUUGUUAAUGGAGUAGCAAAUGACAUGCCCAAAAGUGCAAGCCAAGCAAAUAAAAAAGAAGGCAAAUCUGUUCUCAUUAAGCAGGAAGAACGGGAAACAGGAGUUGUUAGCUGGAAUGUUUUAGUGAGGUACAAGAAUGCAUUGGGAGGUUUUUGGGUGGUUAUGGUGCUCUUUAUGUGUUACAUCUUAACAGAAGUUUUACGAGUUUCAAGCAGCACAUGGCUGAGUUCUUGGACAGAUCAAAGUACUACAAAGACACAUGGACCCGGUUAUUACAAUUUGGUCUAUUCAGUUCUAUCGUUUGGUCAGGUCUCCGUGACAUUGGUUAAUUCGUAUUGGUUAAUCAUAACGAGUCUUUAUGCAGCCAGAAGGUUGCAUGAUGCAAUGCUUAAUUCCAUUCUUAGAGCUCCAAUGACCUUCUUCCACACCAACCCUCUUGGUCGGAUUAUUAACAGAUUUGCAAAGGAUUUAGGUGACAUUGAUCGAAAUGUUGCUCCAUUCGUCAAUAUGUUUUUGGGUCAAGUCUCGCAGCUCCUUUCUACUUUUGUCUUGAUAGGCAUUGUGAGCACUAUGUCUUUGUGGUCCAUAAUGCCACUUUUGGUUUUGUUUUAUGCUUCUUAUUUAUACUACCAGAGUACAGCGCGUGAAGUGAAGCGCUUAGAUUCUAUAACUAGAUCACCUGUAUAUGCACAAUUUGGAGAAGCAUUGAAUGGUCUGUCAACUAUUCGUGCAUAUAAAGCUUAUGAUCGCAUGGCUGACAUAAAUGGAAAAUCCAUGGACAAUAAUAUCAGAUUCACUCUUGUUAACAUGAGUUCAAAUCGUUGGCUUGCAAUCCGUUUGGAAACUCUGGGAGGACUCAUGAUUUGGUUUACGGCAACCUUUGCUGUAAUGCAAAAUGGAAGGGCAGAGAACCAGCAGGAAUAUGCAUCUACCAUGGGUCUACUUUUGAGUUAUGCACUAAACAUUACAAGUUUAUUGACCGCGGUACUCAGGCUUGCCAGUUUGGCUGAAAAUAGUUUAAAUGCAGUCGAGCGUGUUGGUACAUAUAUAGAGUUGCCUUCAGAAGCCCCACUUAUUAUUGAGAGUAACCGCCCCCCUCCUGCUUGGCCUUCAUCUGGAUCUAUCAAGUUUGAGGAUGUUGUUCUUCGUUACAGACCUGAUCUUCCUCCUGUCCUGCAUGGGCUGUCUUUUACAAUUUCUCCUAGUGACAAGGUAGGCAUUGUUGGAAGGACGGGGGCUGGAAAAUCAAGCAUGCUAAAUGCUUUGUUUAGAAUUGUAGAGCUGGAAAGAGGGAGGAUCUUGAUUGAUGGUUGUGAUAUUGCAAAGUUCGGACUGAUGGAUCUACGUAAAGUACUUGGCAUUAUACCACAAUCACCAGUUCUUUUCUCAGGAACUGUGAGAUUUAAUCUUGAUCCGUUCAAUGAACACAAUGAUGCUGACCUUUGGGAGGCUCUAGAGAGAGCACACCUGAAAGAUGUCAUUCGGAGGAAUUCCCUUGGUCUAUAUGCUGAGGUUUCAGAGGCUGGGGAAAACUUUAGUGUCGGGCAGAGGCAAUUGCUAAGUCUUGCACGUGCAUUAUUGAGGAGAUCAAAGAUACUUGUUCUUGAUGAAGCAACUGCAGCUGUCGAUGUCAGAACUGAUGCCCUUAUUCAGAAAACUAUUCGGGAAGAAUUCAAAUCAUGUACCAUGCUUAUCAUUGCUCACAGACUCAAUACAAUAAUCGACUGUGAUCGUAUUCUUCUGCUUGAUUCUGGCAGGUUGCUGGAAUAUGAUACACCGGAGGAACUAUUGUCAAAUGAAGGCAGUGCUUUCUCCAAGAUGGUUCAAAGUACUGGGGCUGCUAAUGCUCAAUACUUGCGAAGUCUAGCACUCGGAGGGGAAGGAGAGGACAGGUUGGGCAGAGAAGAGAAUAAGAAGUUGGAUAGACAGAGAAAAUGGCUGGCAUCUUCUCGUUGGGCUGCUGCUGCCCAGUUUGCACUUGCUGUUAGCCUCACUUCAUCCCACAACGACCUUACUCGCCUGGAAAUCGAAGAUGAAAAUAGUAUCCUCAAGAAAACAAGGGAUGCUGUCAUAACUCUGCAGGGAGUUCUGGAAGGGAAGCACGAUAAAACAAUAGAAGAGUCACUGGAUCAACGUCAAAUGUCUAAAGACGGGUGGUGGUCAGCACUUUACAAAAUGGUAGAAGGUCUUGCUAUAAUGAGCAGAUUGGCAAGGACCAGGCACCAUCAAUCAGAUUAUGGUUUCGAAGAUAGAUCUAUCGACUGGGAUCACGUUGAAAUGUAGAGUUCAAUUUGGAUUCAUAACUGGAUAUAACAUCUGAAAGUUAUAUAAGUUUUCAUCAAGGAUUGUUAACCCUACUUUCAGUAUUUUUUGAGCUUGCGCAUAAAGUUUUCACUCCAUAAAAAGAAUUCAGUUUUAUG